CCGCCGCGUGGAGGACGCCGUUGUGGGAGUGAAACUACAGUUCCCUCAGAGCUACUCGGAGGUGUUAGUUGUCAAUAUGGCUGUUGUCAGACAGACAAAGCGGAGAGGCGAAUAAUUCGCCUCUGAUUAGAAAACCUUGGUAAAGGGUCGGACAGGACAGUGUUCGUCUAAUUGCCUCGCUGUUCGGCUGCAGCAGAAGACACAGCGACUCUUUGCCCGAGUUGCAAAGUUAAAUGGUUGAGGGGACGAUUUGAAGCGAGCAGCAGGAUGUCUGAGUUUAGCGAGGAGCCGCGCUUCACUAUCGAGCAGAUAGAUCUGCUGCAGCGGCUGCGUCGCUCCGGCAUGACCAAGCAGGAGAUCCUGCAUGCACUUGACACUCUGGACCGGCUGGACCGGGAGCAUGGCGACAAGUUUGGCCGCCGCACCUCUUCUUCCUCCUCCUCCUCCUCCUCUUUUGGAGUAGGCGGAGCAAGCAGCUGCACCAACAACUCUGCCUCUAAUGCAAAUACAGCAUCACACAACAAUAACAACACAGCCUCGGCAACCACCACCUCUUCCACAACAUGCAACGGCAACAACAAUGCCAUCAGCGUCGAGGGGAGUGCUGGCGAUCACUCAGCAGCCGCCGCCUCGUCCACAACCUCCAAAAUCUCCACCGCCACACAGACGCAGUACGGUAGCGGCGGAGGACUCUCGCCAUCUCCUAGCAACAGCUACGACACCUCCCCGCCUCCAGGGCCGCCACCGCCCUCUGCAAUCCUGCCAUCGCCAGUCAGCUUGGUGGCGCUGUCACAGAACGGGCGUGAUAGCUUAGCGGCCACGCCCAACGGAAAGCUUUCUCCUCCACGAUAUCCAGUGAACAGUGCGGCUGCAGCGCGGGCUUUCGGGUUUGAAGCCACAGAAGAAGACCUGGAUAUAGAUGACAAGGUGGAGGAGCUGAUGAGGAGGGACAGCAGCAUGGUGAAGGAGGAGAUCAAAGCGUUCCUGGGGAACAGGAGGAUCUCUCAGGCAGUAGUGGCACAAGUUACCGGCAUCAGCCAGAGCAGGAUCUCCCAUUGGCUGCUGCAGCAUGGCUCCGACCUGAGUGAGCAGAAGAAGAGGGCCUUCUACCGCUGGUACACGCUGGAGAAAACGACACCAGGUGCCACCCUCAACAUGCGGCCGGCGCCGUUGCCCCUGGAGGAGAUGGAGUGGAGACAAACCCCGCCCCCCCUCACCACCGCCCCUGGUACCUUCCGGCUGCGUCGUGGUAGUCGCUUCACUUGGAGGAAAGAGUGUCUGGCUGUGAUGGAGAGCUACUUCAACGACAACCAGUACCCAGACGAGGCCAAGCGGGAGGAGAUUGCAAACGCCUGCAACGCUGUGAUUCAGAAACCAGGGAAGAAGCUGUCAGAUCUGGAGAGGGUCACCUCGCUGAAAGUUUACAACUGGUUUGCCAAUCGUCGCAAAGAGAUCAAGAGACGGGCUAACAUUGAAGCCACAAUCCUGGAGAGUCAUGGGAUAGACGUCCAGAGUCCUGGAGGACACUCUAACAGCGACGACAUCGAUGGCAACGACUUCUCAGAGCAGGCCUGUGACCUUCCCUAUUUUGACAAGAGACCUCUCAGCCGACCGUUUGGCCUUUACCGACUGGAGCCCACCUCCCCAACCCAGAUAACAUCUCGACCUGCCGUACGUUUUCAGGACGACGGCGCGGCACACAGCGAGCACCAGGACCCCAUCUCUCUCGCCGUGGAAAUGGCCGCCGUCAACCACUCCAUCUUGGCCCUGUCCAGAGCCGGCGGCGUCCCCAACGACAUCAAGACGGAGUCCCUGGAGGACGAAUGAACUGCACAGGAAGUGGGACGGAGGAAGCGGCGGAGUCGAGAGGAGAAAAAAAAGGGAAGGAGGGGUUGAAAAUGUGGGGCUUUAUAAAAAAAACAAACAAGAGACGAUAAUAAUGCUACUUAGUAAACCUUCUGAAUCUG